CGGGGCCGUGGCGGCGCGCGCUCCCGGAACGCGCGCGGGCGCAGGCGGCGCGGAUCGCAGGGAGCCGGUCCGCGGCCGGAACGGGGUCCCCGGUGUGCGUGUGGAACGGGGCUCGGGGCCGACGGUCGCGAUGAACACGGUGCUGUCGCGGGCGAACUCGCUGUUCGCCUUCUCCCUGAGCGUGAUGGCGGCGCUCACCUUCGGCUGCUUCAUCACCACCGCCUUCAAAGACCGGAGCGUCCCGGUGCGGCUGCACGUCUCGCGGAUCAUGCUAAAAAAUGUAGAAGACUUCACUGGACCUAGAGAACGAAGUGAUCUGGGAUUCAUUACAUUUGAUAUAACUGCUGAUCUGGAGAACAUAUUCGAUUGGAAUGUUAAGCAAUUGUUUCUUUAUUUAUCAGCAGAAUAUUCAACAAAAAAUAAUGCUCUGAACCAGGUAGUCCUUUGGGACAAGAUUGUUCUGCGAGGUGAUAAUCCAAAGCUGCUGUUGAAAGAUAUGAAAACAAAAUAUUUUUUCUUUGACGAUGGAAAUGGCCUCAAGGGAAACAGGAAUGUCACCUUAACCCUGUCCUGGAACGUCGUACCAAAUGCUGGAAUUCUACCUCUUGUGACGGGAUCAGGUCACGUGUCUGUCCCAUUUCCAGAUACCUAUGAAAUAACGAAGAGUUAUUAAAUUAUUCUGAAUUUGAAGCAACAUAUUUUUAUACUUAAUGAAUCCUAUCUCGUUUUUCUCUUCCCUUGUAUCUUCAUUUGUCUUUUGGUUGUUAUUUUUUGGUGGGGAGGGUGGCAUAAGACUUAACAUCAAAAGGCAUAUUUGAAAGGUUAAUGUGCUAUUGAAACUCAAUUUUACAAACAAAACACACACACACACACACACACACACACACACACGAAUGCCACCAGAGUGGAGUAUUAUAAAAAUAAGACAACUAACUGCAUAAUAAAGAUUUGUUAAAAAAUAACCUUUGAGGUAUUCCCUGUAUGUCCAUGAUUCUUUAUGGAAUAGAAAGUGAGCAUGACAAGUAGUGAAAACUUUUAGGUGCCUGUGGAAUUACGAGAACUCUAUUUUAUGUCUCGCAUUCAUGCAAGUUCACAUCAGAUGUGGUUCAGAGGCGGCCAUUUCUCUCUGAGGGUGUGUCGCGUUGCUGGACACAUUAGAAGGGUUAUUUGUGAGACACCUGGUUGACAGAACAGAUGAGAGCGACGGGAUUUUGUUCCAUGUGUCUCAGGAAUGCCCCGUGACGCGUGGCCCUCUCACAGCUGAUGAGCAGCUUUCUCUGCUUAAAGACUAAAUACCUCUUUAGAAGCUGGAAAUCAUUCUAACUCACUUCAGAGUCUCCUAAGCCAACCAAAUAUGUGUGUCUCUGUGCUUUCCCUAAAAACGUUCCUUUGUAUUCUAUCUGCGUGUGAGUUUUUAGCAUUGCCAUUGAAAGUUGAAAAUGUUUGCAUGGUUUACCUUCUGAGUUAAGUGUGUCCUCGUGAGCAUGCCUAGUGCCACUGAGUGGUGAUGAUUUAAAAUUUUUUGUAGGUCCACAUUUUAGUAAUUAUUGGGGUAAUAAUAAUCAGUAUUUGUUGUGCCUUUCCACUUAGAAGCACUCUCAUAUUUUACUGUGUGUUCUCGAUAAUCUAAUGAGGUAGGUAGUUCAAAUGAUAGCUGUUUGCAGACGAAGAGACUGACACCCGGAAGUUGGUUGAAUUGCUUUGCACUUACAUAGCUAGCAGGGAAGGGAGUUAAAACUUCGCUCAGAUUAGUUCUCUAAGCCUGUCCUUUCUCCUGUAGCUCUGAUUACAGGCUAAUCAGAAUUCACUUACAAUUUUCCUUAUGUUUUAUGUGACCCUGGACCCCCUUUCGGCCGCUCCUAAAAGAGGUUUCCCAUCCUGGAGGGAAGUGACUAAUUUUCAAGCUGCCGACAACUUACACAGAGAUGAUCUCUCACUUCAUUCUCUGUGUAAAUUAACUUUGUGAAAAGAAGAAUCCAGUGUGUGUGGAAAUAACUUAGAGAUUAAACACAGUAAUACAUGGUUGAAUAUAUGCUCAUGUUUAACAUUAUUUUUCCUUCCAUGAACAAACAGACGUCCUCAAGGAAGCAGGUACCAACAGUUACCCUGAAAAGCAAGACCAGACACUGUAGUUACACUCUCAGCAGUAACCAAAAAUGGCUCAUGUUUUCUAAGAAUGGGUUUAAGCUAACAAUUGUUAUAUUUACCUCAAAUGAAACACCUCACCAUUUACUGACGUUGGUUUUAACAGCUACUGUGUGUGAACAGUGAGGCCUUGUCAAUGUCAUAGGUACUGGAUUGCGGAUAGUAGACUGGGGGUGGCCCCCAGCAUCUUCAGUCAACUCUUCAGGGUCUCGGUUUCUUUGUCUUUAAAAUGAUGGAGCUGGUUCUUCUGUGACCACACAAGUUGAAAUUCGAGGGAUCUGUUCAGCAGAGACUGAACAGAAAAGCACCUUAGUAACGUGAAGACAAGAAGGCGACCAGAAGACUAACACAGAACUGUUCCUCCUGAUUUGACUGUAUUUCUGUUAGAUUUUAUACCCAGAAGAUGUAACUGCGUAUCGUUUGUACAGAUACUGCACAUGGAAGCGUAGUGUCCAUAGACGUCGCAGCUGAACACUCGGGUGCAUUCGUGAAGGCGGGCACCACGGUAAGCCUGCGGUUCUACCCAGAGGCGGGCGCCGGUGUGCUGGUUCCUUAGCCUCUGUGAUGGCGCACGUGUUAGGAUGCUGGAGGCGAAUGUUGCAGUUGACUUGAAGUUCGUUGGCAAGUUCGCUCACUUUGGAGUUUGGGGAGGAAGAGGAGCAGAGCGGCCCCGCUAGCACGGUGGUCAGUGUUUGGUUUACUGAACUGCGGGAAACUGCUCAGGACAACACUGUUCCAACACGGGCAUAAGAAACCUCUGUCUCAGGAACUCGUUUUUGGGUGCGCAGGGCUUUGUGGGAGGACCACGGUUCCACGUGAAAACACACGGCCUUGUGUUCAGUCUGGUCAGCUUAUCUCCCUUCGGUCUGUGUUUUCAGGAAGUCUUACAAAGCCCAAGGCUUCAAGAUUUAACAGAAACCUAAGUAUUAGGCAGGUCUGAGCCCAGAGAGGAUCCUGGGGAAGGAGAACCUAAGUACCGACCUAAAAGAAUUCUGGUUACAAAGAAACUCACUCGCAGUGUGCUCACACCGCCCUUCUCUCUAGCCUGGAUAAAUGCUAUCAGUGCUUUUUUAUUUCCGCAGUCAAUUACGUUUGGUUUCGUUAUGCUUAAAGGAAAGUAACAGGAAACUUCAGAAAUUCCUAAGAGUGUAAUAGGAAAGUGGAUUAUUGCAAAUGUCCUCUUGGAAUUGUACAGCUCUUCGGUGGGGCUGGCCAGCUUAGUGAUAGCGCGAAGAUGGGCGUUAAGGUUCUAAUGGAUCCUUUUUUUUUUUUUUUCCACUGUUGUGUCUAAAGCUUCGUGAUCGAAAGCUUUGGGUCUUGAGGUAUAGGUUACUGGAGGUGCUAUUUUAUUAUAUUUUGAAUGGACAUGAAAUGAGUGUAGGGAGAAAAACCGUAAGCUGUGAACUUUGGUAGGAAAACACCACCUAUUUGUUCCAGAAGCUCUGCUUUUGGUAGAGGGCCUGUACGGUACAUGUGACUGCCGGUGGGUCUAAAGAGAUCUCUUUCAAAAAGUUGUUGCACGCUUUGAAGCAAUUUGGGAAAUUGUUUACAAAUAACAGGUUCGUAAGAAAAAGAAAUUCAUGAAAAUACUGAAGAUACAUUUGAGGAUUUUCGUAAUUGCAAUAAACAGCCUUUUUUCUAAUGAAGAUGAAUUUGUUUACGAGUAAAAGUGUGCAUUUUAAAAGACUUUCAGAUUUACGCCUUUUCUGUGAAAGCUGCAGAACUAAAAGAAAAUGAAGCCAAGUCUAGUAAACUUAA